UACAUGUAAUAUUUCCUUUAUUUUGAUAGAUCUUUGAUAUGUCAAAAGUGGUUAGAGACGAGAUUUUACGACAUGCUGUAUUAUUUUUAAGUAUAGAUUCGAAUCGAUAAUUCUUGAAGGGUACUUGCACGUGCUACUAAUCGCGCGUUGAUUAUUAUAUCACUAUUAUCCGUAAAUAUUGAUCGAUCAUGAGUGUAUGUAUGUUUAACAUGGUCCUAAAUAAUCUACGACAGUAUGUGCGAAUAUAAACCACACAUACAGAGAUACAGAGUACGUUUUAGACUAGCGGUUUAAGUCCCGGAAAUCUGUGAGGGGAAAGGAAAGAGCAGACUACCCGUACCACCAGCGCGGCUACCAAUCGGUGCACUUCGCGAUAUUCAGUCUCAGUGUACGGAUCGUCUUACCGCUUGUACUUUCCACGUUCACUCGUUUUGUGGCAGAUCUUUAAGUAAUUCAUUUGCCAAGUUUUGUUUGCCUUUAGACAAUUAUCGGCGUGUGAACGCGUGAAACACAAUGUCGGUCGCCUACAAAAACACAAUGAACGUGAUUGGCAAGUUCGUGCCACAGAAGUUCCAGCCACUGUGGAAUCACCCAGCUGGUCCGCAGACUAUAUUCUUCUGGGCACCAGCUUUUAAAUGGGGACUUGUAAUAGCUGGCCUCAGUGAUCUGCAGAGACCAGCAAGUGAAAUCUCUAUUACCCAAUCGUCUGCCUUGGGCAUUACUGGCGUGAUCUGGACCAGGUACUCUUUAGCGAUCACUCCGAAAAACUGGAGUCUUUUUAGCGUAAAUCUCUUCGUCGCUAUAACGGCAUUGUACCAAGUUAGUCGAGGAGUAAUGUAUCAAAGAGAACAAGCAUCUUUAACCGAAAAAGCGCUGGCGAAAGAAAAAUAAUGACUACGUCAGGACAAUGUACAUUCCUAGGGAUCCAAAUACUUAAAUGUAUAUAUCUAGAAUAUUAGAAUCACUUUAGUGACUUGCGGAAUUUAUUCGAUCUUUACGUAAUUUCGAACAAGAGUAAAACACAAAGUUAGGGAAAUUCAUAAUCAGCAUUGAUUAUGAAAGUUCCAUAGUAAAAUUGUAAAUAUUACAAAUUCAAGUAAAUUGGUGUUACAUGUAUAAAAAAGGAAUUAACCGACGUAAGCUGUAAGCAAUCACUGAGACAAAGGAUGUAAGUAAUCAUAAAAUCCCGAAAGUAAGCAAUUGCGAAUUAGAUAGACUAGAUCAAUUACAAAAAAGAGAUUAAAUGUAAUGUUCGAAAGUAAACGUUAAAAAUGCCAACAUUCAGGAACGCGAGACACCAAUAAUUGAAAAAUUCAAAAGUUCAAAAUUUUAAACAUUGAUGACCAGGAAGCAAACGAUAUAAAUUGUCAUGUUAGUCUGUUUAAUAUAAAAUAUGUUUGAAUACCAAAAAUGAGACAGUAAUAGCAUAAAAUUCUUCAUAAAAUGUUCAUAUUAAGCUGUGAUAUUGAACAUAAGAUACUGUUCGUAUUUUUAUUUCAUUUAGCAAUGCACAAAUUUUAAAUCCUGUACUAAGUACAAAUGUACCAAUGAAACUCAUAGAACAUAAUUUCAAUAUACAGUACAACAUUUAAAGGCAUAUAUUGUAAACAAAGACACCAAUCUAUAGUACAUUAGUCUGUAGUAAUAUAGUAGAUUUAGGUGAAUAUGCUUACGUACAUAUCUACCUCUAAUUUUAAGUAAUAAUGUACAAUUUAUUGGUCUUAAUGAUUCGCAACACUGAUACUGAAGUACUCGAAGAAGUAGGAAAUGUACAAAUUGUAUACCAAGUUCGAUAAUGUUAUCAUUGCCUUGUAUACAUAUAAUAAAAUAAUAUAUUUUUCUAAAAA